CUCAACCACCUCAUCAUGUCUGCCGGCUCGUCAGCGACGUCUAAUGGUCAGUUGCGCAAUCGAAAUGGUGAUGCGCAACCCGCCAAGAUCACUCCCACUGACGAGGGUAAGAAAGCCGACGAGCUCCUGGACAAACAUGACACUUUUGAGUUCGGAGGUCCUUGGGGUGUCACAGCCAUGAUGGUCGGGUUUCCCAUGCUGAUGUACUACCUAUGGAUCUGCCUCUGGUUUUAUGACGGGCAACUUGUCUUCCCCAAGUCAGUUGAUGGGAUCCACCCAUUCCUUCACGAGAUGUGGACCCAUGUUCGAGACGAUGCCAACCCCAACGUGUAUGCCUGGAAAGUCUAUAGCGGACUUAUUUUCUACCAGCUCUUUUUGGCUUGGGUCAUGCCCGGAUACCAGCAAGAGGGCCUUCCAGUCCCUUCGCUCGGAUACAAGACUCUCAUGUACAACUGCAAUGCCCUUUGGUCCAUUUAUGCUACCAUGAUAACGGCUGCUGCUCUUCACUACUAUCACAUAUUCCGCCUGACCGAAAUCAUCGACAACUAUGGCCACAUUAUGACUGUGGCAAUGAUUUGGGGCUUCGCUGUAUCUUUUGGCACGUACUUCUGGGCCGUUGCAAGGGGAGAGCAGAUGAGGAUGUCUGGGAACUUCAUAUAUGAUGUGUUCAUGGGUGCCGCACUCAAUCCCCGUAUUGGCCCAAUUGACCUAAAGAUGUGGGCCGAGGUUCGUAUUCCUUGGGUUAUAGUCUUUUUCCUGGCUAUUUCCGGCGCGUGUAAGCAGUACGAGCAAUACGGUUACGUCACUCCUAACAUGGCCUUCAUGUGUCUGGCUACUUGGUUUUACCUUAACGCAUGUGGUAAGGGCGAGGAGUGUAUUCCUCAGACCUGGGACAUGUACCACGAAAAAUGGGGAUUUAUGGUCAUCUUUUGGAACUUUGCUGGCGUCCCUUUCACCUACGUCUACUCUGUCGUCUAUAUGGCUUCACAUGAUCCCUCAAAAUACCAAUUCUCCACUCCGGUGUACGUUGCCCUGUAUUCGACUCUUUGCACGGCAUACUAUAUAUGGGAUACAGCCAUGUCUCAGAAGAGUCGCUUCAAAAUGCAAACGCAGGGUAAUUUCAAGUAUCGGUGGACGUUCCCUCAACUCCCGUGGGGUACAAUCGAAAAUCCUGAAUAUAUCCAGACGGCCCAUGGAAACCGCCUGCUCAUCAGUGGAUGGUGGCGAUACUCCCGCAAGCCUAAUUACGUGGCAGAUUGGGUUCAGAGCUUCACUUGGGGACUCGUCGUCGGUAAUGCCUCUCCCAUCCCAUACUUCUACUCUGUGUUCUUCAUCACUGUGCUCGUGCAUCGUUGUGGCCGUGACUUCGAGAGAUGCGCAAAGAAGUAUGGCAAGGAUUGGGAGCGGUACUGCGCGAUCGUCAAGUACAAGUUUAUUCCUGGAAUCUAUUGAUUGCUACAGAUACUCGAAUACCUUGAUAACCACUGCCUGUUUGCUACCCAUCACUCUACAUUAUGGGUGUCUUCAUGAAGACAGCAAUUCAUCAGAUUAUAUC